AUGGCGCAUAACAAGAAUCAAAAUCAAGCACAAACAUCUUAUUCUCCCUUCACUCAACCUAUCCGCUGUAUUGUAAAAUUGGGAGGUGCUGCAAUAACUUGCAAAAAUGAGUUAGAGAAGAUAAAUGAGGAAAGUCUUCUUAAAGUUUCAGAACAGCUUAGGCAAGCAAUGAUUGCUACUUCUCAGAAGCCACCUGGGAUGGAUUGGAGCAAGAUACCUGGUGAAUCAGAAAUCUGUUGUAAACCAGAAGAAUUUGAAGACAAUUAUGUCUCCGAAUGUAGCCGUUUCAUUGUCGUUCAUGGAGCAGGUUCUUUUGGGCAUUUCCAAGCUAGCAAGUCUGGUGUUCACAAGGGACAGCUGGAUAAACCUCUUGUCAAAGGCGGCUUUGUUGCUACGCGAAUAUCUGUAACCACUCUCAAUCUUGAAAUCGUUAGAGCACUAGCCAGAGAGGGCAUUCCUUCAGUUGGAAUGUCACCUUUCUCAUGUGGAUGGAUUACGGGUGAAAGACAUAUAUCUUCAGCCGAUUUGUCUCCCGUAGCUAGGGCUAUUGAUUCUGGUUUUACACCUGUUCUGCAUGGAGAUGCGGUGCUUGAUGAGAUUCAGGGAUGCACUAUUUUGAGUGGAGAUGUCAUCAUAAGUCAUCUUGCAGCAUACUCAAAGCCUAAAUAUGUUGUUUUCUUGACAGAUGUGUAUGGAGUGUAUGAUCGCCCGCCAACAGAGCCUGACGCGAUACUCUUGAAGGAGAUUGCUGUUGCUGAAGACGGAAGCUGGUCAGUCAUAAAACCAAAGUUGCAAAAUUCAAUUGAGAUAACUGUUGCUGCCCAUGAUACAACUGGUGGGAUGAAAACAAAGAUCUCAGAAGCUGCAAUGAUAGCAAAAUUUGGAAUUGAUGUUUACAUUGUAAAAGCAGCAACAACUCAUUCAUUAAAGGCCUUAAAUGGAGAUCUUAGAAACAGCAUCCCUGAUGACUGGCUUGGAACGGUUGUUCGAUCAUCAGGAUAG